CGUUAAUUCCGUCUGUAAGGGUAAAAUAAAACAUAUAUCCUAGGGCACGCAUAUACUUCCUCUCACUUCAAACACCCAACAGAGAGAGAGAGAGAGCUUUUACUAUAAAUUUAGGGCGAAAUCGUGAGAGGGAUAAAAAAUAAUGUGAAUCUAGGGCUUCUAUUGCGUUUUUCUCUUCUUCUGCUGCAUCUUUUAGCUAAAGGACAGGAACAUGAAUAAUCUAGAGUGUGUUUGGAUGUACGAGAGGUUGGAUGGCCGAGGGGGUAUAAACUCUAGCUUUGUAACCGGUGUGGACAAUUUUAUUCAAUUUGCACAUUCUCAACGAAAUUACAUGAGUGGUGACAAGGUUAGAUGUCCAUGUAAAAAAUGUCACAACAUUAAAUACAUGGACGUUGAAAUUGUUCAAUAUCACCUUUUUAAUUUUGGAUUUGUUGAGAACUAUUUUGUUUGGGAUUAUCAAGGGGAAAAAGAUAUGAUCAGUGAGAUAGCUUCUGGUAAUGAUUUGCACGGUGGUGCUCAACCUGAAUUGGGAUUUGAUAAUCCAUACCGACAAAUGGUCUUGGAUGCAGCUGGUCCCAACUUUGGUCAGGGUUCGAGUUCGCAAUCUUAUAGCAAUAUUGAACCUGAUUCUUCUCAUUCUUAUGAACUUUCAAUGGAAAAGGAGCCUAAUCCUUCAAUGGAGGAGGAUCCUAAUCCUUCAAUGGAGGAGGAGCCUAAUCCUGAGUCACAGAGAUUUUAUGAUUUGCUUCAAGCUGCUGAUGCAGAAUUGUAUCCCGGUUCUUCUCUCUCUCAACUUGCAGUAGUCUCCAAGAUGUUAAAUAUUAAAAUGGAGAAUACUAUGUCACGUAUCCAAAUGAUGCAAUUGUUGAAAGAGUCUUCUCUCUCUAAGAAACUAGUGCGUAGUUUGGGUUUGCCAGUUGAAAAGAUUGAUUGUUGUGAUUCAGGAUGUAUGUUGUAUUGGGCUGAUGAUGAACACCUUACAUCUUGUAAAUUCUGUGGCUACCAGAGGUAUAAGCGUCGUGUCGGGUCUCGUAAGAGGAAAUUGGUCCCUUACAAGAAAAUGUAUUAUUUUCCUUUGAUUCCUAGAUUGCAAAGAUUAUAUGCAUCCCAUGCUACAGCUGCCGACAUGAGAUGGCACCAUGAGCAUACACAAAAGGAUGGGUCUGGGAGGAAAUACUCUUCGUGGCUAGUGAUUGUCACCCCAUACAAUUUACCUCCAGGAAUGUGCAUGAAAGAGGCAUAUAUAUUCCUAACUGUCAUUGUUCCUGGGCCAAACAAUCCCAAACACAAAAUUGAUGUUUAUCUGCAAGCUCUAAUAAAAGAAUUGACCUUGUUGUGGGAGACAGGUGUAGAAGCAUUUGACAUCUCGAAAAAGCAAAACUUUCAACUAAGGGCAGCUUUGAUGUGGACAAUCAGUGACUUCUUAGCAUAUUCUAUGUUAUCAGGAUGGAGUACUGCGGGCAAGUUAGCAUGUCCUUAUUGUAUGGAGGAAACACAAUCCUUUAGAUUACAACAUGGCAGGAAAACGUCUUGGUUUGACAGUCAUAGAAUGUUCCUUGAUCAACAUCAUCCGUUUAGGAGAGAUCCUAAAAACUUUCUCAAAGGUAAGACUGUGAAUAGACUAUCACCAUCCUAUAGAACAGGAGAGGAAAUUUUGAACCAAAUUUGUGACUUGGGGAUAAGGAAAAUAAUAGAGUUAGAUGCACAGGAAGUUAAUCGGAGAAUAUGUAAGUCUUGUGGGUGGAAAAAACGAAGCAUAUUUUGGGAUUUGCCUUAUUGGAGUUCUAACAUGAUUCGACAUAAUCUUGACGUCAUGCAUAUUGAAAAAAAUGUCUUUGAUAAUGUAUUUAAUACAGUUCUUAAUAUUGAUAACAAAACCAAAGACAAUCCACAAUCACGUCUAGAUAUGGUAAAUUACUGCGAUCGACCACAGCUGGCAAAGGAUACUAGUGGAAAAUAUCCAAAAGCUGUAUAUACAAUAGACAAGGAAGAAAGAGCUAUCUUGUUCAAUUGGGUGAAGCGUUUGAAGUUUCCAGAUGGGUAUGUUUCGAAUUUGGGUAGAUGUCCAGACACAAAUGCGAAAAGGUUAUUUGGCAUGAAAAGUCAUGAUUACCAUGUGUUCAUGCAACGACUAAUGCCUAUUGCUUUCCGUGAACUACUUCCUAGUAAUGUGUGGCAAGCACUUACAAAAUUGAGCUUAUUUUUUAAAGAUCUUACUUAG